UACUAAUAAGUAGAUUUGAUAAUUUGUGGGAUUAUAGAAAUCUAAAUACUCCGUAAUUGACUAGUUUUCAAAAAUGUGAGAUGUGGGAGAGUGGGACUAUAGAGUUCCAAAUAAUGGAGUUGGGAAUCAAAAGCCAGCGCAGAAUCCUUGACUUGGUCUGGCUGGAAAAGAGAUAUGUUGGGUCACGCCACACUUCAGAGUGGUUCAACACUGCAGGGAGGAAUGUGAAAACUGGGCUUAUUGCUAGUGUCAUUGUCUCUCAGUGGACAUGGGCUGCAACAAUCUUACAGAGUUCGAACGUUGCGUGGCAGUAUGGAAUAAGCGGUCCUUUCUGGUACGCGAGCGGCGCUUCCAUUCAGGUUCUCCUGUUUGGUGUAAUGGCCAUUGAGAUAAAAAGGAAAGCUCCUAAUGCCCACACCGUUUGUGAAAUUGUGAAAGCCAGAUGGGGGACUGCAGCUCAUAUAGUGUUCCUAUGCUUCUGCUUCUUGACAAACAUAAUUGUGACUGCCAUGCUUCUCCUUGGUGGUUCUGCCGUGGUCAAUGCCCUCACUGGAGUCAACAUUUACGCCGCAAGCUUUCUCAUCCCUCUUGGGGUUGUUGUGUAUACUUUAGCUGGAGAGCUAAAGGCCACUUUCUUGGCCAGCUAUAUACAUUCUGCCACAGUUCAUGUAGUUCUAGUCAUCUUUGUAUACCUUGUGUAUGUGGCAAGCAGCGAGCUCGGUAGCCCUGGCCUAGUAUACGAACGUCUUUUGGAGGUCGCGAGCAGAUCAAGAAUCUGCAAAUACCCACUCUCUGGUGUUGGCCAGUCUUGCGGUCCGGUUAUUGGCAACUUUAAGGGCUCAUAUGUGACCAUGCUUAGUUCUGGUGGUCUUGUGUUUGGCAUCAUCAACAUUGUUGGCAAUUUCGGCACUGUUUUCGUCGACAAUGGAUACUGGGUGAGUGCCAUUGCAGCAAGGCCAUCGUCGACACACAAGGGGUACUUAUUGGGUGGGUUGGUGUGGUUUGCAGUGCCCUUCUCCUUGGCAACAUCCCUUGGUUUAGGGGCACUUGCCCUUGAUCUGCCCUUAACAGAAAGUGAGGCAAGCCGUGGCCUUCCAUCUUCUUCAUCCUCUCCAAACAUCCCCAAUGUCCCAAUGCUUGCUGGGAACCUGGUGUCCAUUCUCACCGGCGGGGCGGUUCAUGCUCUCUGCAGCUUCCUCAGGCCUCAGAACUAUGACUGGGAGAGCACCAAGAAGAUAAGUGUUGUUGAGAAGGAGAAGAGUGAAGAAGUGGAAGAGGAGUUGGAGGAAGAGAAGCUGGCUAGUGCUAGAAGAUGGAUUGUCAAAUGGGGUGUUUGCUUCACCUUUGUCAUCCUUGUGGUGUGGCCUCUCCUUACUCUCCCUGCCGGGGUAUUCAGGAAAGGGUACUUCACAUUGUGGGCAGUGGUAGCCAUAGCAUGGGGCAGCAUAGCAUCAGCUGUGAUCAUAGCUCUGCCAUUAAUGGAGAGCUGGAAAACCAUCACUCGCGUUGCUCAAGGGAUGUUCACGAACGAUCGGCUUCUGGAAAAAAUCGAAGACUUGAACUCAAAGUUGCAGGCCAUCAUCGUCGCAAUGCCGGAGGCCCAGAGGAUAUAUUUGCUCAAGAAAGAGAAUGAAAAGAUGAAGGAAAUAUCAGCGAGAAGAGAUCAUAUUUCUUCUGCUUAAUCACAGUGUCUUUUGCAGGGUCAGUCUUUAAAAUGGGAAAAGUAUGAAAGGUUGUGCCUAUAAAUAUACUUUAGGCACUUUUUAGUUUUUAAUUUAAGAAAAAAAUCUAAAUCUUCAUUUAAAUCGAUUAGAUUCUCAUUGAGAUUGAAAAUGAAUAUUGUGCAUCCGA